AUGGCCCGAUCUAGCAAACCAGCGACUGCAAGUUCCGGAUCAGAGCUCAGCUCUGUGAGGUCGUCGCUACCUCUCGACAAACUGGUACCGUAUCUGGAGGAGAACAUCGAGGGUUUCAAGGGUCCUGUACAAGUCAAACAGUUCAAGUCCAAUCCCACUUACCUCCUUACACCCUCUAGCCCAAACCAAUCAUAUGUCCUCCGAAGAGCACCCUCCGGGCCAUUGCUCUCGCCGACUGCUCAUCGAGUAGAUCGCGAGUACCUAAUACUAUCAGCACUAAACAGGUACAACCAGACUGUAUCAGAAUCCCACAAAGUACCCGUGCCGAAAGUGUAUUGUCUUUGUGAAGACAAGAGUAUAGCUGGAGCAGCAUUUUACGUGAUGGAAUACCUGAAGGGAAGGAUAUUCACUGAUGUGCGCUUGAAAGAAUUGGACAAGGAUGAAAGAUGGGCUUGCUGGCACUCGGCCAUCUCCACAUUGACAAAGCUAUCUACCAUCUCCAUCGCCUCGCUGAACCUCCCAGCGUCAUUUGCACCUCUACCAUCGGCCAAGCCAUACUUCCCGAGACAAGUCGGUUCUUUACUCAAAGUGUCUCACGCUCAGAGCAAAGCCAAAAAUAAAGAUACAGGGGAAGAAGUCGGUGCUAUUUGGGGUACUGCCGAGAUGAACUCGUGGUUCGAAGAUGGUGCUAUGAAGCUUGCUGAGUUGGAAUUGCGGAGAGGAGUAGGAGGGGUAGUUCACGGGGAUUACAAAUUGGAUAAUCUAAUAUUCCACCCCACAGAGCCAAAGGUCAUAGGUAUACUGGACUGGGAACUAUGCACUCUGGGCUCACCAUUAGCAGACCUAGGUAAUAUGCUCUUACCAUUCUCCUUCCCCCCAAUAUCUUCAUCUCAUCGAAAGGAAUUAGCCAGUGCUUUGGGUUCCGAUGAUCCAAGGGACGACAUGACUUUGUUAUUGGGACUGAAAGGCUUGACAAGUCAAGAGACGGGCUUGCCCCAGAGAGAGGAAUUGGAGAAAUGGUGGGUGGACGGUAUGAACUAUGGAUCGUCCUUCCAUCAACAGCACAAAGGGGACAAUUGGGUAUUACCUAUCCCUGGAAUAAGCUGGGUGAGAUCAUGGAUUCUGUUCAGAUUAGCAAUUAUCGCCCAAGGUAUAGCAGCUAGAGCGGCAUUGGGUCAAGCUAGCUCAGCAGAUGCUAGAGCAGAUAGUAGACCGGUAUUUGAUUUCUUCGGUAAGAUGGCUUGGGAAGUGAAGGUAGAAGCGGAGAAGGAAGGAAGAGCCAAGUUGUAG